AUGUUAUUUAUUGUUUUCAUCUGUCUCUCUCUCAGUCUGUUCAUAACUAUCUAUCUAUUCUCUUCAUAUCUAUCUAUCUAUCUAUCUAUCUAUCUAUCUAUCUAUCUCACCUCUCUCUCUCUCUCUCUGUCUAUCUCAGUCCAUAUCCCACACUCUUUUUCUCUCUAUCUUACUCUGUUCAUAUCUAUCUACCUAUUUAUCUCCGUCCAUGUUUAUCUAUCUAUCUAUCUAUCUAAGUAUUUAAAUAUCUCUCUCUCUACCUAUCUGUCUCAUCCCAUAUCUUUUGCUCUCUCUCUCUACCUAUCUAUCUCAGCCAAUCUAUCUAUCUAUCUAUCUAUCUAUCUAUCUCAGUCCAUAUCCCUCACUCUUUCUCUCUCUAUCUUACUCUGUUCAUAUUUAUCUACUAUCUCAGUCCAUGUUUAUCUAUCUAUCUAUCUAUCUAUCUUAGUCUUUAUAUAUCUUUCUCCAUCUAUUUAUCUAUCUCCAUCUUUUCAUAUCUCUCUCUCUGUAUCUAUCCAUCUCAAGCUUUUCAUCUAUCUAUCUAUCUAUCUAUCUAUCUAUCUAUCUAUCUAUCUAUCACAGUCUCUUCUGAUCUAUCUAUAUAUCUAA